UUGGCCAUCCCUUAUCCACACGCGCAUGAGACCCCUUAAUCCCUAUAACCCGCGACCAAACAAAAUCAACCCAUAAUCCCAAAACCCAAAAUUCCUGUCUCUGUGUAAAGAAGGAAAAUGUCAGUGACAUCCUCAAUCCCAUGCAUCAAAAUCAAAAUCCCAACUUCCUCACCGUCCUCCUCAUCCUCCUCCUCUUCUUUCUCUUUUAGAUUCUGUUCAACUAAGCCUCAUUCAGUCACCAUAAGGAGCUCCCAAACCGAAGGACCUCUAAGAAGACCUGCGGCUCCUUCUGUCAGAGAACCCUCUCCCCCUUCUCCUCCUCUCAAGCCAGCUCCUCCUUCUCCCCCUUCGUCUUCUACGGUGGCUCCGCCGCUGAAGCCGGCUGCGGUGGUUGUUGGGGGUGAUAAGAAUGUGAUAACUUUGGAGUUUCAGAGGCAGAAGGCUAAGGAGCUUCAGGAUUACUUUAAGCAGAAGAAGCUUGAAGAUGCAAAUCAAGGUCCGUUCUUUGGGUUCAUUGGGAAGAAUGAGAUUUCCAACGGAAGAUGGGCAAUGUUUGGUUUUGCUGUUGGGAUGCUAACCGAGUAUGCAACAGGCUCGGACUUUGUUGACCAAGUAAAGAUCCUUCUCUCCAAUUUCGGGAUAGUUGAUCUGGAAUGACUCUUUUGUUAGAUGCUCAAUGCCAUUGAUACUUUCUGAUUGUUCUGUAGCCACAUCCUCUGCUUGAUUUGUGACCUUAUUUAGUUAUUUGUUUCAUUUUCAUCUCCUAUCAUCAAGCUGUAUCUUCACUAUACAAGUUCAUCACUUUUUCUUCUUUUUUCUUAUUUUCCAGUAAACUCUUGAGACUAGUAUCAGAUAUACGGGAAGAAUACCAAAUUUUUUACCGUUCACCGCACUGCAAAAAGUUUGGUAUUCUUCGAAUAAAUCUCAAACUGUUAUCGUGUUU